AUGCAUUUCCAACCCGUCGAGCAAAUGACUGACGAACCAUAUACCGCUCGUCCUCAGGAUGAAACUCAAACUGAUCAUCCAGAAACAAACGAUGCGCUAGAUGACGUCUUUGGCUCGGGUCCUUCGUCACCUACAGAGCAUCAUCACAACGAUGAGUCAGGCACAGCUCACCCUUCUGAUAUCCGUCGAUUACAGACAGAACAUACGACAGCUGGAUAUCGUGAGGGUAUCACGGUCUCCAAGGAGAGCAGUAUUCAGGCUGGUUUCGAUGAGGGGUUCAGUCUUGGCGCGAGCGUAGGGCUUAGAGCAGGUCAACUGCUAGGUCUGCUAGAAGGCAUCGCAGAAGCCGUCCACAGCCUCAAAGACGCGGAUUCUUCUCGGAUCGCUGAGCUCAUGAAGCAAGCACACGAGGAACUCAGCACGCAGGGUAUUUUCAAGCCCGAAUACUGGGCUGAAGACGGGAACUGGAAGUACAAAGUUGAGCCUGCCGCAGGCGCAGAAGAAGUUGUCUUUGCGGAUGUGGCGGAUGCGCACCCACUGGUGAAGAAAUGGACAGAGGUUGUUGAGGAGCAGAUUAAGUUGUGGAAGAUUGAUCGGAGUAUUUUGGAUGAUGAGACGGGUGUGAGGUUGGAGAGUAUAAUGGACGACAUGCUAGGAUCGGGAGCUGCACCAGUGGCAAAGAAACCUUUGGAUUGGUGA